GAAUGCGAAACACCGCUCUAGGCCAAAUUGAAAUCAAGGAUUAAAUGAACAGAAAUCUGGGCCUCUUCGAUGGUUCAGUUUAUUCAGAAGCCGAAAUUGAACUGUCCAUCAGAUUUCAAGACAUUUUCCAAACAGAGCAACUUGUGAACUUUGGGUAAAGUCUCGAAAAUCAGCAUAUUAAUUACAAGACCACGAAGAAUGGUAGCUGAUGGGACAUUUGAAUGCUAGACUCCUGUGCUAGUCCUUUGGCCUCAUUUGGCAUCAAGUGCCUCUUUUCAACUUGCUCUCAUCGAGGUGCUGCCGGGAGUACCACAAUUCUGCAUUGAAGACGUCUGACAGCGUUACACAAGGUCAGAAGGUCAGAAGGACUUGCUGCCAGCAUUGUAUCUAGCCAGGUUUAUCUGGAUAACUACUUCCACCUCUGAGACAAGAGAUAUGAUAUUUGAACCCAGACGGCUAUGAAAGGUUUAGGAGGUAAUCGAAGCCGUCACCUUUCAGACAACUGCGAACCAACAAGUGACCAAAUGUAUCCGACCCCCAUCCAGGAACGAAACCCCUAUCUGCUCAGCCCAGCAGACUCCUAUCAAAUGGAGCAUCACCGUUUUCCUGCCUCUAAUGCAAUGCAGGGCGAUUGCCUCCUGCCUUUGAACAAUCAGAUUGCCAGCAGCACCUUUCCUAGGAUCCAUUAUAACUCACACUUUGACCUACAAGAUGACUGUAGCUUCACUCCGAAUACUUCCACAAGCAAAAUAAAUCGCCUUCCAGCCAACCUGUUGGACCAGUUUGAAAAGCAGUUGCCUAUUCACAGGGAUGGGUUCCACACACUUCAGUUCCAGAGGAGUGACAACAAGCACCGCAGUGAAAGUCCAGGUCGGAUACGCCACCUUGUACACUCCGUGCAGAAGCUCUUUGCAAAAUCUCAGUCCCUUGAGGGCUCUGGCAAGGGAAGUAUGAACGGCAACAAAUUUGGCUCUGAUGACCCCAAGCAGAGCAAGAGAAGCAAGAGCAAGGACCGAAAAUCAGAAACAAAACGCAGAACAAGAACAAACAUAUCAGGCUGGUGGAGUUCAGAUGAUAACUUGGAUAGUGACAUUUGCAAUUAUCGGAACCCAAUGAGUUUAAUGACACUUGGGAGACGCCCUGACCAUGGGCCUGCCAAAUACUUAAUGAAUGCAUAUAACACAAUCAGUGAACAUACCCUUAAAGCUUCUAAAAGCAAUAAUGACUUGAAAUGUACACCAUGUGUGAAUAUACCAAUAAACGCUGAUUCCAAGUACAUAAAGAGAGGUUCCUGGUCCACACUCACCUUAAGUCAGACCCGAGAAGUUUGCCAAAAAUCAUCUGCUACAAUGGAUAAGGCACUGUUAAAAUCCAGGUCAUAUCAUCAUGACCUUGCUUCUCAGUACUUGAAGGUCCCCCUUCACGAUGACUGGAAUAGCACUCUUUCACGUGGAAAAGUGGGCGAAAUUCCCUGUCGGCGAAUGCGCAGCGGCAGCUACAUCAAGGCAAUGGGAGACGAUGACAGUGAGGACUCUGAGAUGAGCCCCAAACCAUCUCCAAAGACUGCAGCGCGACGUCAAAGCUACCUGAAGGCCACGCAGCAGUCUCUGAGUGACCAGAUCAGUCAGCGGAACCAAAGCUAUCUCUCAUCGGUGAGUGAGUCCAUCCACAGGAGUCUCGAUUGCCUGGAUACGGUAGAAAUGACCUCUCCCAACUUCCAUGGAUGGAAUGAAGAUGAUAUGGGAAGCACAGACACCCUCAAGUCCAACCCUGUUAACCAGGAGCAAGAAAUGGAAUAUAGCAAUCAAUAUGAAAAUAUCUGUGAAUCUGUCUUCAAUGAGGUGGAUUCCCAGGCAGUGGAUGCUCUGGACCUGCCCAUACCUGGCUGCUUCCGCUCAAGAAGUCAUAGCUACCUAAGAGCAAUCCAGGCUGGCUGUUCUCAGGAUGAUGACAAUGUAUCUGUCCGUUCAGUGUCUCCCCCACCUUUAACCACCACAGUUAGAACCAUGCAAACCAACACCAGUAAGUACAACUCUCACUACCACUAAGUACAUUAUCCUACUUUGAAAUGGUCAAAGAUGAGCCGUCUGAAUGAUUUUAUGGCUAUUUUGAGCACAGAAAUGUUUGGUUCAUCAGAUAACAGCUGACAAAGCAUGAAGGUCCCUGGGAUAUUAUUUGAAUCCUGACAGUAAGCCGAACUGAUCUUUCAAAAAAUAUUAAAUAUCCAUAUGAAGGAGGUGACCCUCAUGGACAGGAAGUGAAUCAUA